UCGUCUCGUCAGUACCACCACCACCACCAUCACCAGAGAGCAGCGAGGCGUAGCUCCGGGAACCCUCUCCCCAUCCAAAUCCCCCACCCAUUUCCCCUCCCCCUCUUCCUCCUCCUCCUCGCGUAGUCGCCUCGCCGCCCCUCACGAGCACCGGCGCGCCCUCGGUCGGGCGGGGGCGAUGGCGGGGAACGACUGGAUCAACAGCUACCUGGAGGCGAUCCUCGACGCGGGCGGCGCUGCACAGGAAAUCUCCGCUGCGGCGGGGGCCGGGGCAGGGGCCGGUGGAGAUGGGGCGGCCGCCGCGGAGAAGCGGGACAAGUCGUCGCUGAUGCUCCGGGAACGGGGCCGGUUCAGCCCCGCGCGCUACUUCGUCGAGGAGGUCAUCUCCGGAUUCGACGAGACCGACCUCUACAAGACCUGGGUCCGCACGGCGGCCAUGAGGAGCCCGCAGGAGCGGAACACGCGGCUGGAGAAUAUGUCGUGGAGGAUCUGGAACCUUGCCAGGAAGAAGAAGCAGAUUGAAGGUGAAGAAGCUUCCCGUUUAGCUAAACAGCGACUUGAGCGUGAGAAGGCGCGUAGAUAUGCUGCUGCUGAUAUGUCUGAAGACCUAUCUGAGGGUGAAAAGGGAGAAAACAUCAAUGAAUCAUCAUCUAUUCAUGAUGAGAGCACAAGGGGGAGAAUGCCUAGGAUAGGUUCAACAGAUGCUAUUGAGGCAUGGGCAAGUCAGCACAAGGAUAAAAAGCUGUACAUUGUUCUGAUAAGCAUUCAUGGUCUUAUACGUGGUGAAAAUAUGGAGCUUGGUCGUGAUUCAGAUACAGGUGGCCAGGUCAAAUAUGUUGUAGAACUUGCUAGGGCAUUAGGUUCAACGCCUGGAGUAUAUAGAGUGGAUCUUCUGACAAGGCAAAUUUCUGCACCUGAUGUUGAUUGGAGUUAUGGGGAACCUACAGAGAUGUUGAGUCCAAGAAAUUCAGAGAACUUUGGGCAUGAUAUGGGCGAAAGCAGUGGUGCUUAUAUUGUCAGGAUACCUUUUGGACCAAGAGAUAAAUAUAUCCCUAAAGAACAUCUCUGGCCCCACAUUCAGGAAUUUGUUGACGGCGCACUGGUCCAUAUCAUGCAGAUGUCCAAAGUUCUUGGAGAACAAGUUGGCAGUGGUCAGCCAGUAUGGCCUGUUGUUAUCCAUGGACACUAUGCCGAUGCAGGCGACUCUGCUGCUUUGUUAUCUGGGGCACUGAAUGUUCCAAUGGUAUUCACAGGUCAUUCUCUUGGCAGAGACAAGUUGGAGCAACUAUUAAAGCAAGGGCGUCAAACCAGGGAUGAAAUAAAUACAAUAUACAAGAUAACACGUCGAAUUGAGGCUGAGGAACUCUGUCUUGAUGCGUCUGAAAUCAUAAUUACAAGCACUAGACAAGAGAUAGAACAACAAUGGGGAUUAUAUGAUGGUUUUGAUUUAACUAUGGCAAGGAAACUUAGAGCAAGGAUAAAACGUGGUGUGAGCUGCUAUGGUCGCUAUAUGCCUCGUAUGGCUGCAAUUCCUCCUGGUAUGGAGUUUAGCCAUAUAGUGCCUCAUGAUGUUGAUCUGGAUGGCGAGGAAGCUAAUGAAGAUGGCUCAGGUUCACCAGAUCCACCUAUUUGGGCUGAUAUAAUGCGCUUCUUCUCCAACCCUCGCAAGCCCAUGAUUCUCGCUCUCGCUCGACCAGAUCCCAAGAAAAAUAUCACUACACUGGUCAAAGCAUUUGGGGAACAUCGUGAAUUGAGAAAUUUAGCAAACCUUACACUUAUCAUGGGUAAUCGUGAUGUUAUUGAUGAGAUGUCAAGCACAAAUUCAGCUGUUCUAACAUCCAUACUCAAGUUAAUUGACAAGUAUGAUCUAUAUGGCCAAGUGGCAUACCCCAAGCACCAUAAACAAUCUGAGGUUCCAGAUAUUUAUCGUUUAGCAGCAAGAACAAAGGGGGUGUUUAUCAAUUGUGCUUUUAUCGAACCAUUUGGACUCACCUUGAUUGAGGCUGCUGCUUAUGGUCUACCAAUGGUGGCUACUCAGAAUGGUGGGCCUGUUGAUAUACAUCGGGUUCUUGACAAUGGUAUCCUUGUUGAUCCCCACAAUCAAAAUGAAAUAGCUGAGGCACUCUAUAAGCUUGUUUCUGAUAAGCAGAUGUGGGCACAGUGCCGCCAGAAUGGUCUGAAAAAUAUUCAUCAAUUUUCUUGGCCUGAACAUUGCAAAAACUAUUUGUCACGGGUUGGUGCACUCAAGCCAAGACAUCCCCGUUGGCAAAAGAGUGAUGAUGCCACUGAAGUUUCCGAAGCUUACUCACCUGAAGAUUCCCUGAGGGAUGUUCAUGAUAUAUCACUUAACUUGAAGCUUUCCUUGGACAGUGACAAAUCAAGCACAAAGGAAAAUAGUGUAAGACGAAACCUUGAGGAUGCUGUACAAAAGUUGUCAAGGGGUGUUAGUGGCAGCAGAAAGACAGAGUCUGUUGAGAACAUUGAGGCUACCACAGGCAAUAAAUGGCCAUCAUUGCGGAGAAGGAAACACAUUGUAGUUAUCUCUGUAGAUUCUGUGCAAGAUGCUAACCUGGUUGAGAUUAUCAAAAAUAUUUUUGAGGCUUUGAGCAACGAGAAAUUAUCUGGUGCUGUUGGUUUUGUUUUGUCAACAUCUCGAGCAAUAUCAGAGAUACAUUCGCUGUUAACAUCUGGGGGCAUACAGGCUACUGAUUUUGAUGCCUUCAUAUGCAACAGUGGUAGCGAUCUUUGCUACCCAUCCUCAAGUUCAGAAGACAUGCUUAGCCCUGCAGAGCUUCCAUUUAUGAUUGAUCUUGAUUAUCACUCUCAAAUUGAGUACCGUUGGGGUGGAGAAGGUUUAAGAAAAACACUAAUUCGUUGGGCAGCAGAAAAGAACAAUGAGAGUGGACAAGUGGUGCUUGUGGAAGAUGAAGAAUGUUCAUCCACUUACUGUGUCUCAUUUAGAGUGAAGAAUACUGAGGCUGUACCUCCUAUGAAAGAUCUUAGGAAGACAAUGAGAAUUCAAGCACUGCGCUGUCAUGUCUUGUACAGUCAUGAUGGUAGCAAGUUGAAUGUUAUUCCUGUUUUAUCAUCACGAUCACAGGCUCUAAGGUACUUAUAUAUAAGAUGGGGGGUAGAGCUGUCAAAUAUGACAGUGGUUGUUGGUGAAAGUGGUGAUAGUGAUUAUGAUGGACUACUAGGGGGCAUGCACAAGACCAUUAUACUCAAAGGCUCAUUCAAUGCUGUUCCUAACCAAGUUCAUGCUGCCAGAAGUUAUUCAUUACAGGAUGUUGUAUCCUUCGAUAAACCAGGAAUCACUUCAGUUGAGGGAUAUGGUCCUGACAACGUUAAGCCAGCUCUACAACAAUUUGGUUUACUGAAAGAUAAUGUUUAAAAUUCAAUUCAGGGGAAUCAAGUAGUUUCAAGUAGCAUUUAUUCUGAUCGAGAUUGAGAAGACGAGCAGUUGGGCUCCCCCUCUGCGUUCUACAGCAUCUCACACGGCACCAAUAAACUUUGGACCCUGGUAGCUAUCAUUCUAUGGCCCUUUCUGCAACCAGAAUACGGCAACUUGGUUCUGUUUAUCCAAUGUAAAACUCAUGUGAUGAGUUGUGCUCUAACUGUACAUAUCUCAAUAAGGCCGGUGCUUACAGAAGACACUGUGCAUAACAUCGUUUUGACGCUCGAUUGUAAUUAUAAUGUUUUGCACUAUUGCUUGGGUCCGGAUAUGCUCACCCGUUUGAGGGUUCACAAUUAUGGUUGGUUAAUUUGUCUCA